AUGGCUCUCACGUCUGCCGUGUCAGACUUGUUCAAGUCCAUUUACGAGCUAUUCGCCUCGGUCCUUUCCACAAUCUACGCCGUCAUCCAUGCCGCAUUCAGCACCGUAUGGAAUUUCAUCGCCAGCAUUCUGAACCUGGUGCAGAGCAUUGUCCUGCAGGCUGUCCACCUGACGGGCGGCGUGGGCAAGUUUGUCGCGAGCAACUUUGCCGCGCUCAUCGUCGGCGGAUUGCUCGUGUUUGCAUAUCUGCGCUUCUCGGCCACGCCGUCUCGAGCUAAGCCUGUCGCGCAAAAGACUCAGUAA